AUGAUAAGUGAGCAGCUCAGUGUUGCAACUGGUAUACCGGAACCAACCCUUCGUUUAAUACUCACCAUUUUAUUCUCUUAUCCUACCGCUCUUUUCUAUCGUUUCCUAUUCUUACGUCCUUUGAAAACUAAAUGGGCGCCUUUUCUUCGAACAAUUAUAAACAAUAGACGAAUUUCUUGUGCUGCAGCGUUUAUAUUUAACUUUACAUACUUAUUGUGUGGUUAUUAUUUUAAUGCAACUGACGAUUACGAUAUUAAUUGGACAAUGACUCAAUGCGUUCUAUGUCUGAGAAUGAUUGGAUUCGCAAUGGAUUUUAUGGACGGAGAAAAAUUAUUAAAAUCCAAUCCACCAAAAAAUCAAUUAAUUAAUGAUGAACCUAAAAAAGUUACAUCAUCGGUCACACCACCACCAUCAUCAUUAAAUGGCACCGAAUUAACAGCAAGAAAUCCAGCACCAAAACUACCAAGAUCAUUCGAAAAAAAUAUUCAAUUGGCAACGCUUCCAUCAUUAAUCGAAACGAUCGCAUAUGCACAUUUCUUUGGAGCGUUUUUGAUUGGUCCACAAUUUUCCUUUCAUCUCUAUCGAAAAUUCAUCACAAUGUCUAUAUUCCCCGAUGCAAAUAAAAUCCCCCCGGGAUCUUAUAAACAUGCCUUGAAAUGUUUUACGUUGGGUGCUUUGUAUUUGUUGGUAAGACAAAUCGGUGCUGGGUCCUUUCCAGCUUCGUAUUUAUUGACUGAUGAAUAUCUGAAUCUACCGUUCUUUAAACGAUUGUUGAUCAUGUGGGCAACUGGUAAAUUUGCAUUCAAAUUUCUAGAUAUGGAAGGUGAAAAACGGUGGGCAAAACGAUUUGAAAGUUACACUAAACCUUUAUACUACAAUGACAAGGAAAGUCUUAGUAGCAUUAAAACACAAACGUUGAAAAAAUUACAUCUUUUGUUGUGUUGGAUCGGACAAACUAGUGCUUUAUAUUAUUCAAUGAUUUCAUUUGAGUUGUUGAAACUUGAACACAUUGUAAUCGCUUAUAAUUCUGUUUAUUGGAUUGGUCAUGUGAUUGUAAUUUCUUUGAUACUCUUGGAUAUGAUUUUACCAAGAUCUAGCGAAGGGAAUAAUAAAGGUGUGGUCGUGAUGUGGCAUGCAUGGACUUGA